GCGAUUGGCUACUUUUUCUCACUGGAAAGGAAGCACGCCACGCCUCCGUUAUCUGCCUUUUGGUGCUUACAUCUCAACCGUCUAAUAUAAUCCAACGGUUCCUAUCUCCUACAGAGACGUCUACACUUUUCUCUCCAGCCCCAAACCCUCGUAUAAAUUUCAACCCUGAGCUUUUUAACGUCGAGAGAAAUCAACAAAAAUCGAGAGAGAAAAAGAUAGAGAUGGCUACGGAGAACGAGCGCCAUGAUAUACCUGAGAACGCCAACGAGCAUUGUCCGGGGCCAGAAUCGGAGUCAGCGGGCAAAUCCGAUGCAUGUGAAGGAUGCCCAAAUCAACAAAUUUGUUCUUCUGCUCCUAAAGGCCCUGAUCCUGAUUUGGUUGCUAUAGCGGAAAGAAUGGCUACUGUCAAACACAAGAUCGCCAUUCUAUCUGGCAAGGGAGGAGUAGGAAAGAGCACUUUCUCCGCUCAGCUCUCCUUCGCCUUAUCUUCCAUGAAUUACCAAGUCGGCCUCCUUGACAUUGAUCUUUGUGGGCCCAGCAUCCCCAAGAUGCUCGGCCUUGAAGGCCAAGACAUCCACCAGAGCAACCUCGGGUGGUCUCCCAUUUACCUCGACUCCAACCUCGGCGUCAUGUCCAUCGGCUUUAUGCUCCCCAACCCUGAUGAUGCUGUCAUCUGGCGGGGCCCUCGCAAGAAUGCAUUAAUCAAACAGUUCCUGAAGGACGUCGACUGGGGAGAGACUGACUACCUUGUAAUCGACACUCCCCCAGGGACAUCCGAUGAGCAUAUUUCAGCUGUUCAAUAUCUUCAAUCCACUGGAAUUGACGGUGCGAUCAUUGUCACAACUCCACAACAAGUCUCCUUAAUCGAUGUACGAAAGGAGAUAAGUUUCUGUAAGACAGUUGGGUUAAAGGUAUUGGGCGUGGUAGAAAACAUGAGUGGGCUGAGGCAGUCUCUUUCGGAUUUAAGGUUUGAAAAAGUCAGCGAUGAUGGAAAACCUAGUGAUAUUACUGAAUGGGCAUUGAGCUAUAUAAAGGAAAAAGCGCCAGAGCUUCUCUCUGUGGUUGCGUGCAGUGAAGUUUUCGAUAGUAGUAAGGGUGGAGCAGAGAAGAUGUGUGAAGAGAUGGGGGUGCCAUUUUUGGGGAAAGUGCCGAUGGACCCGGAGCUUUGUAAGGCCGCCGAUGAGGGGAGAUCUUGCUUUUUGGAGAAGGGUUUUGCUGGCAGUGCUGCGCCGGCUCUGAAGAGAAUCAUCGAGAAGAUUGUAGUUGAGUAAGAAAGAGAUUCUGGAAUAUGUGCAUAUUUGGAUGUUUGAUUGAUGCAUGGUGUGAUUUAUCUUGCAGUUCUGAUUUGAGUUUUUGUUUAGCAUUCAGUUAUUGCAUGAUGUACCAUGGUUUUUUUAGCAUUCAGCAACUGUACGAUGUACUUUGGAUAUUACUUUGAGAAAGAUUACACACACAGGAUCAUCAGUGUUAUUGUUUUUUUUUGCCGCUAGA